GGUUGGAGAUAACCCAGGAGCUUUUUUCCACCAUCUGGGAGAAAACCAAAGGGCAAAGUCGCCAGAAUUUGGGUAAGUAGCCAAUGUAUACAUGUGUGAUCCUUGCUGUCCUCCCUAGCAUAGGCCAUGUCAUAGGUUAUCCUCCCUAGUAUAGCAUAUGUGAUACGUUAUCCUCUGUAGGAUUGUAUAUUUGCCUACAUUUUCCUUUCUUGUCUUUUUAUUACAAGUCGAUGUUGCCGGAGCUGUAGGGACUAGUUCCGCAAAGAGAUGCAGCACCAGGGGUGGAGUGGUUCCGGGCCCCCAAAGAAAAGGCCCUAUAUGUUCAAGGAAAAACUGAUGUUCCUCCGUGAGGUCAUGGAGCUGCGUCCAACGGAGAACAACCUAGAGGAGGAAGGGGAUGAGUCGGCUCCGCAGCAAUCCAGCGCCAGCGAGGAAGACACUCCCUCUGGGCCAGCAUGGAUGGAGAGUGGCCCAGGACCCACUACGGCACCAUUCAGGCCUCCAGCUGCUUCUGGAGGCGAUUCCCAGGUUCUGGAGUAUUUAUCUAGAGCCCGGCAGGAGUAUCAUUUAGACCUUUUUGCCCAUAGUCUGGCCCAUUAUUUGCGCCGGCUGCCUCUAGAACGAUUACUAAGAACCAAAUCGGCUCUCGGAAUCGUUCUGGAUGCAGCCACUCCCUCCAACGACCCUACCGAAAUGUUUGUGGCCCUGGACAAUUGGUGCCUCCAUGGGAACAUGUUUGUCCCCCGGGCAAUGCCAAUUUCCCAGGGCUCACAGGCCAUAUGGCCCACAGUAUCAGGGGGAAUCUUCUUAUGGGCAGCCAAUCCCCUCCUCCUCACAACCUGGCCCAUCACAGUACUCAGGCCCCCCUUCCCAACCAGCCUACUCUGGCCCGCAGUAUCAGGGUCCCCCCUCGCCAUCUGAGUGUUUUUUUUUAAUUUGUGAAUUUAAAAAAAAAUGUAUUUGUUAUUUUAUUACACUGAUCCCAAAAAUUAGUCGAGUUGACUAUUUUGUCUGUGAAUAAACAGAGUUUUAUUUUGCUGAAUUUUAUUGUUAAUUCUCUUUAUUAUAUACAGUGCA